AUGUUGGUAAGAUGCUAGUAUUGCUUGAAAACAGUGAUUUAGAGUUAAAGAAAUAGACUUCCAAUUACAAAACUCUUAGAUUUUUAUCAAUUUAGUGAAAACUUUCGCAAGCUUACUGGAAUGGCAACAGUAAUAUAAGAAAUAGAAAAGAAGGACAAUGAUAAAUUAGAAAUUAAGAUACCUCUCUUAAAUUUAUUAAUGAGAAUUUCCUCUGAGAGUAAGAAUUAUUCUGAUCUCAAAGUAAGAAAUUAUUAAAAUUUUAUAAGUUAUAUGGAAUUGUGGAAAUUUUUCUAUAAAAUUUAGAUAAUCAAGAAUACAUGAUUGUUACUACAGUUAUAAAUAUUUUUGGUUAGUUGACUCUUGAUGAUGAAUUAACAUCGAAAAUUAUUUAGAAAGGAUUAUGUAUUUUCUAAUUUAAAAUUAGAAAAAAUAAUUAACCUUGUAUUUAUGUGUCAUCCUCAUAGGGUUAAAUAAUUAAAGUUCAUUGAUAUUAAUCAAAAAGAUUAUCCCAAAGCAAUAUUGGAGUUUUAAAUAUAUACAUUUCGUCUAUUGAGAUAUUUAGCUUCUCUAAGGCAUAUUCUGAGAAAGUAGAUGUUUGGGAUUUGGGAUGUAUCUUAUAUGAGGUGCUUUAAUAAAAUCCUGCAUUUUAAUCAGCAAAUCCGUUGAUGCUAGAAAGGAAGAUAGUAUAAUUAGAAUAUGAGUCAAUCAAUUAAGGUAUAUAUAAGAAUGAGUUGAUGAAUAUUGUUGAAUUGUGUCUUUAGAAGGAAGAGGAUAAAAGACCAUCAGUUAAUGAAUUACUUGAAAUGAUAAGUUUAAAGGUUAUAGUUUUGAUGGAAUAUAUCAAGUAGGAGAAAGAUGAUCUGAAAAGUGAGUUGUAAGAUUUAAGAUCAAUAAUUAAUGAUUAAUAAUAUGAGAUAAAGAAAGAGUAAUAGUUGGUUUGGAAUAUAUUUUAGAAACUAUUAUAAUUAUCACAUCAGGAUUAUAAAACUAUUGAUGCAAAGAAUUAAUAUAUAAUUGAAUAGUUUAGAAGAAAGAUAAGCAAAUCAGAUAAUGAAAUUAAUAUAUAGGCAGAAUUGAAUAAAUUAACAUCUUUGUCUAAGGAGUAGAUAUCCUAUUUGCCAAAGAUAAAUUAUUGA